AUGCCCCGAGUACCCGUACACCGCGAACCAAAGGCAUCUCCCCAUCGAAGUCCAAAUCAACGAAGCUUCGACUAUGAGAAUCACAGACGCGGCCGUGACUAUGACCACACCAUCAAACGUCAUCCACGUCCCCCUCCAAAGCGCGAGAUCACCACUCUCACUGCGCACUUGGUUGCUGCCGUCGGUGAAUUUGUCGGAACAUUUAUGUUUUUAUACUUCUCCUUUAUCGGCCAAAUCAUGCUCGUCUCGCAAGCUGCAGAGCGCUCUACUAUAAAUGGACAAGCCAGCAGCCAGCAAAACAUCUUCACUGCCUUGUUAUACGGGUUUAGUUUGUUGGUGAAUGUGACGUUUGGCCUAGUUCUGUCUGGUGCAUUGCCUCCCAUUCGAGGCCUCUGUCUCUUCCCAGCACAACUCUUGGCAGCCAUGUGCGCGGCUGCAAUCGCAAAUGCCAUGGUGCCGGGCGACAUCAGUGCCACGAUCACGUCCCUUUCCCCAAACACGAGCGUCGCCCAAGGCGUCUUCAUCGAGAUGUUCAUGACUGCGGAACUAGUCUUCGUCGUGCUCAUGCUGGCCGCGGAGAAGAGCAAGGAUACGUUCAUUGCACCUAUCGGCAUAGGACUAGCGUUAUUCGUGGCUAUGAUGGGUGCACGCAGCCUCGGUCCGGCUGUGGCGUCGGCGCAAUUCAAUCAUUAUCAUUGGAUCUACUGGGUUGGUCCUUUUCUUGGCGCUGCGUUAGCUGCGGGAUUCUAUCACUUCGUCAAGUUCUUCGACUAUGAGCAGGUCAAUCCCGGGCAGGACUCGGCGGGUGGAGAUUUCGAUGCGGAUGAUCGAGUCUGA